AUGGUUAAAACUAACUUCUAUUCUAGUUUAAAUCCUGAAGUAGUGCAGGCAUUAAACAAUCUGCAAUAUAGUUAUAGCGAUGAAACAUCAGAAAUGUGGUGUUCUCAUAUUCGUUGUCCAUUUAAAAAACUUCUCAAAUAUAACUCAAAAUACUUCUCUAAGAAUGGAUUUAUCCAAAUGAUCGAAAGAGUAUAUAUAGAUGGGAAAUUUAAUACUGGGAGACGCUCAUUCCACAUUUAUUGCACUGUAUGUGACUCCUUAGUUAUUAUUCGUGAAAAUACAAUCGAAUGUGCAAAUGAUCACCUAAAGAACUGUAUUACUGAAACCACUAAUAUGCAUUCUAAUCCUGUACGAAAGAAUGUGAAAAAAGAUGGAAAAAUAUUAAUGCUUAGCUCUGAUGAGAUUGAGGAGAUUUACAGAAAAUAUUAUUUUAUAUAUAGUAAAG